ACCCUUCCUCAACCGCAAGCCUUCCGGUCUCGAGUGUUAUGUGAAAUACCCGACUCUGUUCUCGAAAGUUGACUCUAAAGUUGAGUUGUAGUUGUAAAUCGAGCUGUUUUGAACUUGCCUUUGAUUUAUUUUACGGUAUCAAGCGACUAAAGAGCGCGCGAUGGUGUUGAAAUCUGAAGACGGAGUCGUGCCUGACGACCUCACGCCUGAGGAGCAAAAGGAACUGGAAAACAUCCGCCGCCGAAAGCAGGAGCUGCUGGACGACAUUCAGCGUCUGAAGGAUGAGAUCGCCGAAGUGACCAGUGAGAUUGAGAACCUGGGCUCCACCGAGGAGAGGAAAAACAUGCAAAGGAACAAACAAGUGGCAAUGGGCCGUAAGAAAUUCAACAUGGACCCCAAAAAGGGGAUCCAGUUCCUCAUUGAAAACGACCUUCUGAAGAACACCAGUGAAGACAUCGCACGGUUCCUCUACAAGGGUGAAGGUCUUAACAAGACUGCAAUAGGAGACUACCUCGGAGAGAGGGAUGAAUUGAAUCUCCAGGUCCUUCAUGCUUUUGUGGAGCUGCAUGAGUUCACUGAUUUGAACCUGGUUCAGGCUCUCAGGCAGUUCCUCUGGAGUUUCAGGCUUCCUGGCGAGGCACAGAAGAUUGACCGAAUGAUGGAGGCGUUUGCCCAGCGCUACUGCCAAUGCAACCCGGGAGUCUUUCAGUCCACAGACACGUGCUACAUUUUGUCGUUCGCCAUCAUCAUGUUGAACACCAGCCUUCACAACCCAAACGUGAAGGACAAGCCCCCAGUGGAGCGCUUCAUCUCCAUGAACAGAGGCAUCAAUGAGGGCGGAGACCUGCCGGAGGACCUGCUCAGGAACCUGUAUGACAGCAUCAAGAACGAGCCCUUCAAAAUCCCAGAGGAUGACGGCAACGACUUGACACACACUUUCUUCAACCCGGACAGAGAGGGCUGGCUGCUCAAACUGGGAGGAGGACGUGUCAAAACCUGGAAGAGGCGUUGGUUCAUCCUCACUGAUAACUGCCUUUACUACUUUGAGUACACUACUGAUAAGGAACCAAGAGGCAUCAUCCCUCUGGAAAACCUCAGCAUCCGUGAAGUGGAGGACAAGAAACCGAACUGCUUCGAGCUCUUCAUCCCCGAUAAUAAGGACCAGGUGAUCAAGGCGUGCAAGACGGAGGCGGACGGACGCGUGGUGGAGGGCAAUCACACGUUCUACCGCAUCUCUGCUCCCACCACCGAGGAGAAAGACGAGUGGAUGAACAGCAUCAAAGCGGCCAUCAGCAGAGACCCUUUCUACGAGAUGCUGGCAGCGAGGAAGAAGAAGGUGUCCUCUGUGAAGAGACACUAGAGAUGCUCAGGUGUUACACAUUCAGGACUACUGGAGACAGUUGAGCUGUGAAGAGUCGAACACAACCCCCAACUUCACCAAGACCUGCUCCACUCUUUUUAAACGUCUUCUUGCUCAGCUCAAGCGUGUGUGUGUGUGUGUGUGUGUGUGUGUGUGUGUGUGUGUGUGAAGUCAGUGGGAUUUUUAACUCUCUAAUGCUUCCUUGAAACCCCCAAAGAGAACAUUUUUCCUCAUGCUUAACCAAAAUACGCUCUUUCUGUCUCUCUCUCUCUCUAUCCUCUCUCUAUCCCUCUCGUCUCUCUUGCACACGCGCGCACUUGCAUUAUCUGAAAUCAGCAGGUCUGACAGAAUGUGGAAAACCAAACGAAAGUUCCUACGUGCGUCAGAAAAAGGAAGAUUUCCUGUGUGCUAUGAAAUGUACAGGCAAUAAGUGUAUUUUUACAUUUUGUAUCGUGCACAAAAGCGGCUUAGUCCUCAGAGGUUUAUUUGUGUAUUUAAUUGUAAAAAAAACAAAGUUGUUGA